AUGACGCUGUACUACUCGAUUGUAUUUGCGCUCCUCGUGUUCGAGAUGGCGAUGUUUAUGGUGCUUAUUGUGCCGCUGCCGUUCUCGGCGCGCCGUAAGCUCUUCCAGUUCCUCGCGACGAGCGACGUGGUGGCCAAGAUCAACUACUGCGUGCGCAUCACCUUUAUCUUCGUCGCGGUCCUCUUCAUCGACGCCUUCCAGCGCAUGAUGAAGGUCUCGUCGGAGUCGCACGUGGCGCAGGAGCACCAGGGCUUCACCGACUUCCGCAGCGAGACGAACUACCACGCCAAGAAGUUCUACGCUCAGCGCAACGUGUACCUCACCGGCUUCACGCUGUUCCUGAGCAUGAUCCUCGCACGCACGCACUCCCUCGUGCUUGACCUGAUCAACGCGCAGGAGGAGCUCGCCUCGGCCGUCGACUCCUCAGGCUCGACGGACACGGGCAAGAACAAGGUCGAGGUCGAGACCCUCAAGAAGCAGGUCCAGCAGCAGCAGGUGGAGUACAACCGCCUCUCGGACGAACUUGCCAAGGCCCAGUCUGCCCCGCGUGGCUAUGCAGCACGGCAUCCCCGCUGGGCCCAGCUCGGGCUGGAGGACGACCGGACGGAAGACCUGUCCAAGGUGCUCGAGGCGUUACAGCUCGGCACCAAGGCCCAGUCUGCCGAGGAAGACAUCCUCUACAACAACUACAACCAGCACUUUGUCGACUCGCGCCUGCGCACGCUCCCGGGCUCGUGGGUCCAGAAUGUGGCACCAGAGACACGGUUCAGCGAGCAUCCAAAGCUGCGCCGCCUCCUCGAGGCCAAGGCGCAGCUCGUCGACCAGGCCUCGAUUCCACCGACAUACCUGUGCACAGACCUGCGUGCGUGGCAGACGCCCGACCCUGCCGCGCUCCCGCUCGAGCUCCAGGGGAUGACAUACGACGUGAUUGUGCUCGAUCCGCCGCUCGCGUCCUACGCAUGGGACGAGCCGAGUCUGCCGCGCACGCCGUGCUGGACAUGGGACGAGAUCGCGGCGCUGCCCGUGCCGCAGCUCGCGUCGCGCGAUAGCUUCGUCUUUCUCUGGGUCGGCAGUGGGACAAGCGAUGGGCUGGAACGGGGGCGCGAGGUACUCGCAAAGUGGGGGUACCGGCGGUGCGAGGACGUGGUGUGGAUCCGGACGAACCACGAGGACGACGCGGCCCACGGCUCGACAUCGCUCCUGCACACCUCGGUCCAACACUGCCUCAUGGGCAUCCGAGGAACGGUCGUGCGCAGCACAGACUCGUUCUUUGUGCACUGCAACGUGGACACAGACGUGAUCCUCUGGCCGGGCGAGCCGCUCGCGGGAGGCGGCGCAAUCGCGCCGACCAAGAAACCCCACGAACUGUAUACCAUCGCCGAGAACUUUUGCCUCGGCACGCGCCGCCUCGAGCUCUUUGGCACGAACCGCAACAUCCGCCGGGGAUGGCUCACCGUCGGCAACGAGCUGGGGCCGGAGCACCCCGAGUGGGACGACAAGAGAGGCGCAGAGCCGCUCUCCCACGUCUACCGCUCGCACUUUACGACGGAUCCCCCGGGGUGCCCGCUGCACAUGCGCACCAACCUCUUGCCGUACUCGGAGGUGUGCGACAAUCUCCGCCCAAAAACGCCGCCGCGCACGGCGCGCGCGACGAGCAUCCCGAUGCAGCACGCCAAGUCAGACAGCUACCUCCCUUUUGGGCCGAGCCCCACGUCGAACGUGUUCCCCCAGCCCAUGCCCUACGGACACAGCCCAGCGUACUCGUCCGGCACCCAGAGCCCAGCGGGCUACUCGCCCGGCCACAGCGGAUACGCGUCGCCGACGGGCUAUGCAUUCGACGCCCCCUAUGCACCGUGGCCAGGCGUGCAGGGCUACGCACAAGCCCUGCCGAGCUACUCCACGCCGGAUAUGCAUGGAUACACCGACACGCCUAGCCUGCCGGGCUAUACUCCCGACAUGCAGGGCUACGCGCAGCCGCCCAUGCCUGGCUACGCUUAUCCACCCGGCAACUAUGCCUACGCGCCGCCGUACGACUACCAAAAUGCGUACGGGUACGGGUACACGGCGCCUGUACAGAUGGAUGCGUACUUGCAUCCCGCGCCAUACGUUCCCCAGUCCUACGCGUUCCGCUCGCCGGUAUACCAGCCGCAGCCGCCGCGCAGCGCGCUGCUCGGCCAAGGCGCCGGCGGCCGCGCCACGGUCAGCGUACCGAGCGGCAGCGAGCGCCUGAGUGGCGCCCAGGCCCAAGUCCUGCGCCGAGGCCAGCGUGCACUUGAAAAAUAG